AUGUCGACAAUAUCUCAACAACAAGGCAAAGUAACUCCACGUCGAUGCAUACCCCCUAAGAAGCAAAAAAGAGCAGCUCCUCCGGUCGCUCCUAACUCUGGAACUACAGGUAGAGAAAUAUUUCAAAUUUGGGAUUAUUUCUCCAAGUUUAUUGCUAAAGGAGGUAAAUGUAGGGCAAAAUGUAAUUAUUGUACUAAAACAUUUGCUGCCGACAGUGUCAAUGGGACAACUACGUUAUGGAAUCAUUUAACUGUGAAAUGUCUCAAGUCUCCAUUCAAGUCCGAUAAGUGGCAAACAACAUUAAAACCUAUUAAAAGAGGUUGGCCAGAAGGUGGUUCCACUGAAAAAGGGGUGUUUAAUAUGGAUGAAAUUAAGAGAGCAAUUACCGAAUUUAUAAUUAUUGAUGAGCAACCGUUUAGAGUUGUUGAGGGAGAAGGAUUCAAAAAAUUAAUGGCUAAAGCCUUUCCAAAUUUUGAAGUACCUUCUCGUGUAACUGUUGCUCGACAUUGUCUAAGGAUUUAUCAAGAGGAGAAAGAAAAGCUUAAGGAGCUUAUAAAAAACCAACGUGUUUGUCUUACCAAUCACAAAGGUGAGACUAUAGCCAAGGGGAUUGAGAAUCGCUUAUUAGGUUGGGGCAUUGAGAACUUGUUUACAGCGACCUUGGAUAAUGCAACCGCAAAUGAUGCUGCCAUUAAGAUUUUAAAGGGGCGUAUUGAAGAUUGGAAAGGGGUAAUGUUUGAAAAUCAGUUUUUACAUGGUAGAUGUAAUGCUCAUAUUUUAAACUUGAUUGUAAAAGAGGGGCUGGAUGAACAAAUUGAGCCUAUUUCUCAUAGAAGAAGUGCUAUAAAAUAUGUCAGGUCUUCUUCUUCAAGAUUUGCUACUUUUAAGUCCGUUGUUGAGAAAGUUAAGAUUGACACCCGUGGUUUUGUAAGUCUGGAUGUUGAGACUAGAUGGAACUCGACAUACACAAUGUUGGAUAAAGCUUUGAAAUUUGAAAAUGUUUUUGCAAGAAUGUAUGUGGAUGACCAGAAUUAUCAAAAGCAAUGUCGAGAAAUAGGUACAACAACAAAAAAUCCAUCAACAGAUGAUUGGAAGAAUGUGAAAGCUUUUGUGAAGUUUCUUAAUAUUUUCUAUCAAGCAACUUUAAAAUUUUCGGGCAGCUUAUAUUCUACUUCUGACUCUUUCUUUCAUGAUUUUUUCAAUCUCCAAAAUGAUAUUAUCAAGUAUACUAAACAUGAUGAUCUCAUUUUGGUUGAUAUGGCAACAAGAAUGAAAUCCAAGAUGGAUAAAUAUUGGGGUAAGUUUGAGAGUAUGAAUAUGUUACUAUCAGGUUGCUGUUGUGUUGGAUCCUAG